AUCAGACGUCGUCACAGACACCCAUGCUCAAUUUACCACAGGAACUAAUCGACCACUUUAUCGAUGGAUUUUUCGAUUCGAUAGACGAUCUCAAAAACUUAUCACUAGUCAGCAAGUCCUGGCUUCCCAGAGCUCGAUAUCACAUCUUUCGCUUCAUUACGCUUGCACCUCAGGACCUAGAGAGGAUCCGCGAAUACUACGCUUACCUGGAGCACAAAGCAUCAGCUAUUCGUAAUGGACGUUAUUAUCAUCAUCCUUUCUCUUUUGCAGAACAACGCCUGCUCCAUUCCUCAUUACUCGGAGAUCUCCAUCCACAGACAUUCUUCAUAUCUUCCCUCCAAGAUACCCUUCAUCUCGUUCAGGGUCUACGGCUGGAGUCCUUCAUUCGAGUAGGCAGAGGACGAAGAAUCUCUCCUCAGAAGUACUUUCAUCAGUGGCUUGGAAUUCUGGGCCAGGAAUCCGCAGAAGAGUCUAUUCUAAUGCGAGACCUAUACGUUGAUGAUAAGUUUCAUAAAAGGCAGAAAGAUCGCUGGAAUGCUGUUGAUCUACCUUGGGGUCAUCGAGCAGGACUUCAUGCAUUACCGUUCAGGUGCCUACGAUACCUCCAGAUUCGGUGGAGUGUAUUUAGUUGGAUACCACCAUGUGUACUUUUGGAGGGAGAAGAAUCUUCGGCAGUUCAUGCGGACCCCACCCAGUGGCCUGGAUAUCAACUCGCUAUGCUUUUCAAGGCUAAUGCGAACACUCUGGACCAUGUUUCUAUUGACGAGUAUCCCGGCUUCCGUUCAGAAAAUUACAGCUCUAUUCAGACUUCAGAUGCUCUGUUGCAUCUCCUUGCGAAAAAUGUGCCAAAACUCAAGUUGCUUUUUCUUGGGGGACCCAUGCAGCGAGUGGAUAAUAUUCCUAUACCCGAAAUCUCAUUUGAUCUUCCCCAGCCCACAGAUCCUGAUGCCCUUCUUUUUCGAGAUCGACCGCUCUAUCCUUCAGGCAAGGAGGUUCCGUAUGUUCAUCCAAAUCUCGCCAGCACAAGUAACUACGACUCGGAUUGUGUACAUUUGUCUCUUGAUUGUUUUGCCAUUCGAGGAUUUGACUUGGAGUCCACACUUUUGAUUGAGGAUGCACUCCUAAAUAGUGGCGCGCUCUCUGCUACGAAAUAUUUGGCUCUAUUUGCAAUGCCGGCGAACUUCAACUACAUGUUUUUUCUGUCUAGAUUGCAUUUGGACAAGACAACCCUUCAUCUCGAGCUGCAAUUUCAUUGCUUCCCUAAUUUGGCAUGUCUCCAGCUUAUGAUACACUCUAUACGCUCUACGGCCAACCUCGAAAAUAUGGUUGAAUGUUUGUUAAAUGAUGAUGCCUCCGAAUUCGAUGAACCUAUGGCAACUGCACCAAGUCUCAAAUUAUUACACCUAGCAUUUGGCUACAAACAUUCAUAUCUUGUGAAGCAAUAUCUGACAUCAUCCUCGGUAGAUGAUCUCCUUCGGUUACUGGUUCAACCCGUGCCGUCUGAUUCAGACAAGCCAAUCAGAAGAACAAAGGUGGGGGAGAUCACAAUGGACUUACCAGAAAGUUCCAUUGCAGAUUCGUUGCCGAUGACAUUUCAGACGGGCAGUCUGAACUUUGGGAAAACAGAUGUGUGGUGGUGGCGUCAGCCUGCAUAUCUCUAA